AUGAGCUUCGAAAUUACACUGAGAGCUUCAGUGACAACCGCUAUCACGGUAAUGCCGAGUUUGCCGCCAGUGAGUACGCCCAAGUUCGGGCGCCGUGUCUUCAUCGGUCGCCUGCGGCUCCAGGUCUCUGAAGAGCUAGCGAAUGUGACCUCCAUCACUGUAGUGGGCGCUGGUGCUGGCCUGCGCCGCCUGGGGGCGCUAGGAGAGCUCCUGGUGGAGUACACAGUCCUUCAACCGGAAGGCUCUGAAGAGGAUACCUCAGAGCAUGUUGAGGCCCUAAUGGCACAGGUGUAUGCGAAUUCUACGGCCCUCACGGCAACCAACGCCAUGGCUGAAGUCGACCCCGAGUUCGCGGCAUCCAGGACCUCACUUCAUUCCAGAUCGACAGCGAGGGCGCGGGGAACACCUCAUGGAGCUACACUGAGUCAUGGGAGGGCACGAGUUCAGCCGCAGAGGUGGUGGGUAUCCCGUGCUUUAUGCUUUGGGCCAUGCUGCGCUUGUAAAGCUUCUGCUUUGACACCUACGUUUCUGAGGAACAAAGUGGAUAUCUCAAAGACCUUGAAACUUGGGAACCCGAUGACGACCAUGAUUGUUGAAUAG